GAAUAAUUUGUUGAUGAGUUUCAGCGCGAAUGUAUCAGUCUACAUGUUGGUCAAGCUGGAACCCAGAUGGGCGAUUCCUGUUGGGAGCUCUAUUGUCUCGAACAUGGAAUACAACCUGAUGGCAAGGUCCCUAGUGACUCAACUAUUAAAAACGAUAACGAUUCUUUCAGUACGUUCUUCAGCGAGACUAGCUACGGUCGUUACGUCCCACGUGCUGUUUUCGUAGACUUGGAACCUUCAGUUAUUGACAGACUGCGGACUGGCUCUUAUAAGCAGUUGUUCCAUCCAGAACAAAUGAUAAGCGGGAAGGAAGAUGCUGCUAAUAAUUAUGCCCGUGGUCACUACACAGUUGGUAAAGAGUUGGUUGAUGAAGUUCUAGAUCGUAUUCGGAAAUUAUCUGAAAGGUGCACAGGACUCCAAGGUUUCUUAGUGUUCCAUUCAUUUGGUGGAGGGACGGGAUCUGGUUUUACAUCUUUAUUAAUGGAACGUCUUUCCGUCGAUUUCGGUAAAAAAGCUAAGUUGGAGUUUGCUGUAUAUCCAGCCCCUCAUAUAUCAACAGCUGUUGUUGAACCCUACAACUCUAUUCUUACUACACAUACAACGUUAGAACACUCAGAUUGUGCCUUUAUGGUUGAUAAUGAAGCUAUUUAUGAGAUAUGUCGACGAAAUUUAACCAUUGAUCGACCAACAUACAGCAAUCUUAACCGAUUAAUUGGACAAAUUGUUAGCUCCAUUACUGCUUCUCUUCGAUUUAGUGGUGCUUUGAACGUGGAUUUAAACGAGUUUCAAACCAAUUUGGUUCCUUAUCCCCGUAUCCAUUUCCCAUUAACAACAUAUGCACCCAUUAUAUCAGCAGAAAAGGCAUUCCAUGAACAACUGAGUGUUUCCGAAAUUACCAAUUCAUGUUUUGAACCUGCUAAUCAAAUGGUCAAGUGUGACCCAAGAAAUGGAAAAUACAUGGCUUGUUGCUUGUUAUACCGAGGCGACGUUGUUCCGAAAGACGUAAACGCAGCAAUCGCAAAUAUCAAAACUAGAAGAUCAAUUCAGUUUGUUGAUUGGUGUCCCACCGGUUUUAAAGUUGGAAUUAACUAUCAACCACCCACUGUUGUUCCUGGAGGAGAUUUGGCCAAGGUACAGCGCGCAGUGUGCAUGCUUAGCAAUACUACUGCGAUUUCAGAGGCAUGGGCUCGUUUAAACCGCAAGUUUGAUCUCAUGUACGCGAAACGCGCAUUUGUUCAUUGGUACGUUGGUGAAGGUAUGGAGGAAGGAGAGUUUUCAGAAGCUCGCGAAGACCUGGCUGCUCUAGAAAGAGAUUACGAAGAAGUUGCUGCAGAUACUGUAGAUGCGCACUCUGAUGAUGGCGGAUUUUAAUGUUACUUGACUACUACUUGAAAUAUAUUUUUUUACAUCCCAGUAAAUUGCAUAUUUUUUCUUCCUAGACCUAGUGUUGGGAGCUGCAAUAAUAGUGACAGUGAACGAGUAUUUUUCAUCCGAGUAUCCGACGUUAGAGUUGCGGUUUUCAUUUAUUCCGUCGUUUGGAGGGUUAAAUGUUCUGUAUGGUUGGUUGGUGGUAUAGGUCGGAACGUAGUAGUGUUUCGGAUGUAGCAAUCUGACGUGGCGUUGGGUUAAUUAUCCAAGGCACUUCAUGAUAAUGAGGGUGGUAUAUUUUGCGUGAGUUAAGGGUUAUUAUAAGAUGUUGCUACUUAACAUUUUGUGAUUUAGUAUUUAUUUCCAUCUUUGACGUCCCAUGUGUCCGAAACCUCGUCCUGCGAGCUCUCUUUAUUGUGUCUCUAACAUACAUUGGAUUGUGGAGACCUUAGUCAAAGGCGUUACUCAAAACUUAGCUCCAUUACUGUCCAAUGCAGACUCGUGUCGUGUUCACUUUGAAACCAGUGCACUCUAAAAAUUGUGACAGGAUGACAUAUGUGUCUAGCACUUUUUGGUUUCCAAUGGUCGUUCGGCUCUCUUAACCUCAACGAAAAAAGCUAAAUUGAUUUCACAGAAUCUGUAUGACUUUCGAGGUUAAUUGGGUCAAUGACUAAACAUUUUAAAGCACACAUCUCGUACCCCAGUAUUUUAUACGAUUUGAACAACUAAUUCGCAAUCAGUAUUCGCUCUUCAGAUUACUACUCGUGAUCUUUCAUUCCUAUCAAAUUUAUCCAGUAUGACAACGAUUAAUUUGAGUUUCGGCUGUUAAUAUUAUGCUUGGAAAGUAUUUAGACUAGACAAGUGGGUGUCAGAUAUUACACAUGCAGUAGUUCAGUUACAAUCUUCGUUAAAUCCUCUUAUUUGUCCCUUCUCAUGAACUUCCUCGUUAACAUUAGUAUUGUAAAUAAGUAUGAAAAUGAUCAUUAUUUGUGAUCCAACUUAUUUACUGGUAAUCAGUUGCUUAUGACAUCUAACGGGAAUGUGCAAAACCUAAUCAAAUCCUACUGUUGUUACUCGAUCUACAUAAAAUUUGCUAAA